AUGCGCUUCGGCUACUUUCUUUGUGUCUCCUCAUACGGGUAUCUGAGCCCCGCCUGUCUUGUUGUUAGUAGUCGGCCAUUGCUGAGUGUCGGUCGGGCCCUGCGUUAUAUAGCCAAUCGGGGGAGUCAAGCCGGACGCGUCGUCUUCGCCGCGGAGAUGGCGUCUAGUGAUCCAGAGCGAGAUGGAGGCUCUCCUGAGAGUUUAUCACCAACCCUAGAAAAGCGAAUGGAACAGUGUGACCCUUCAAAGUCCCCAAGGACUUAUAAGCAUUAUUCACGAUCCCGUUCACGUUCAAGGGAGCAUAAACGGAAAGCUGAUAAUGAUGGAAAGAAACACAAGAGUAGGAGCAGAAGCAAAGAGGUAAGAAGACAUGAGUCCAAAGACAAAUCCUCAAAGAAAUACCAUUUACAUGAUAAUAUUGACAAAGAUCAUUCUGACAAAGUGAGAGAGAGACUUAGUUCAUCAGAAAAUGGGGAGGAAAGACAUCGGCGGAAAGAACGGAGGUCAUCUAGAGGGAGGAGUCAUUCCAGGUCUCGGUCACGUGAAAGACGUCAUCGUAGUAAAAGCCGUGACAGGAAAAAAUCCCGCUCCAAGAGCAGAGAGAGAAAAAGGCGCCCCCGUUCCAGAUCCAGGCACCGGCAUAGGAGUAAGAGCAGAAGCAGGAGUCGUGAAAAAAAGAAGAGAAUUGAAAAACCUAGAAGACACAGUAGGAGCCCGAGUCGGACCCCACCAAGUCCUCCAGCUUUUCGGGGGAGAAAUACCGCUAUGGAUGCACAAGAGGCUUUGGCUCGAAGGUUGGAAAGAGCAAAAAAGCUGCAGGAGCAGCGUGAAAAAGAAAUGGUUGAAAAGCAGAAGCAGCAAGAAAUAGUGGCAGUUGCUGCAGGCGGUGGUGGAUCUGUGAUCAAUGUAGCGGCUUUGUUGGCGUCAGGGACGCAAGUGACUCCUCAGAUUGCAAUGGCCGCACAGAUGGCUGCUUUACAGGCCAAGGCAUUAGCAGAGACCGGCAUAUCCGUUCCUAGCUAUUAUAAUCCAGCAGCCGUUAACCCAAUGCGGUUUGCAGAGCAAGAGAAGAAGCGGAAGAUGCUUUGGCAAGGGAAGAAGGAAGGGGUAAGAAAGGGCUCUUCUAAUGAUAAAUCUCAAUCUGCAGAAAUAUGGGAAAAACUCAAUUUUGGGAACAAGGAUCAAAACGUCAAAUUUAGGAAAUUGAUGGGUAUAAAGAAUGAGGAAGAAGCAGGAACUAGUGCAGUAGAUGCUGAAAGUUUCAGAACCCUAAAGCAGCAAGAAGAGGUUUUCAGAAACCUAGAUGCUCAAUAUGAAAUGGCAAGAUCACAGACCCAUACCCAAAGAGGAAUGGGCUUGGGUUUUACAUCAUCAAUGCGAGGAAUGGACAUGGUCUGAAAAAUAAGGAAGGGGAGCAUUCAAUUCUACCACUUGGAACUUGUCAAUACUUCAUGUUCUUGUAACCAAAAAGCUAGAGUUCUAGCUUGCAUGGAUGUUGCAUUGACUUUAACUUAUUAAAACAAAAUCAUUUUGUAAAUAUAUCAGUGAUACUGGUGUUAGUGAUGUUUAUCAGAUUAUGUAAAUUUUCAAUAAAUGACAAUACAAGCUGUUUUAGUUUUUAAAGUUUAUAUUUGGACAUAUAAAUGAGCACUGAUAUGUGUUCAUCAAAACUUCUGGUCAUACCUAAUUAAGCAGGUCUGAUAUCAUUGCUAAACCUAAAAAUGUUACAUUUGCCACAAACAAAAAUUGCUCCAGUAUCGGAUGUUCAUAAAAUGUUUGUUAAUGUAUUUUAGGUAAGUUUACGUUUUUGUUUAGAUUUCUUGUCAAAUAGCACAUAAAUGUUUGAAUAUACUUUUGUUUGUUCUAAACACUGUAAACUUAGAAGAAAAACAAAAAUGCUUCAUAUCAGUUGUGGUCUUUUUAUAAAAAACUACAUCCUUUAUAACCUCUUAUUUGUGAUAACGUUAAUUUGGUUAAGUUAACAAAUCUGGUUGGCUAAGGUGCAUUGUCAGUAAUUGUACAGGGUUAUUGUCCAUGCAUUUAUUGCUUGUAUAUUUGACUCUGUGGCCAAGCAAAAAGCAGAGUGUUGUAGAAUAAACAAAUACAACUAGAA